AUGGAUCGCGCCGCCGGCCUGUGGCAGCAGACACACGCCAGCCCCUGGAUUGGAGCCCGUCAUCUCGCCAGUUCCCGCUCACCCGGCAAACUCACUCCUGCUUUUUUCUCCCCCCCUUCUGCCCUGUGCAUCGACGUCCCUCCCCCCCGUACGAGUAACGAGGACCAGCACGCUCGUCCCGUCUCCGCGCCUGCAACCGUUGCUCGACGUUUUUGCCGUUGCUUUUUGGCCGCUGCAAAUCUUCAUCGGGCGGCGCGUUCGCUGCGUUGUGCGUGUCGUGUCGUGUCCUGUGCCGCGCUCCCGUGCCGUGCCGUGCAGUGCAGCCAGCGCAGCUGCCGUGCGGAGAGAGACCGUCUCGCUCGGCCGUCUUCCCCGACCCGAAAGCACCGCGAGCUUUCCGAGCAGCCAGCCUUAUCGACGACUGUUCGACUGACGACCGACGUUGACGACGACAAGGACGACGCACGAAAGGGAAUCGCCUCAACCCCCGCGUCCAUCUCGAACCGGUGA